UACUUUUCGAAUAGAGUGAAUUCAAAACUAGAUUCAUUCUGAAACAAAUUGUACUAUAGACAAUCAUAUCUUAUAUAUGAAGAUACAAGUAAUCAUUAUCUAUUCAUAGAAUUGAUAUCAAUCAUAUAUAUAUAAUCCUAUAUAUUUUUGACGGGAAUAUUUUUAUAUAUAUAUGUUAUUGUAUAUUAUAUUUGUAUAAACAAUUAUAAUGGCCAACAAUUCAAGUAUCGGUUAUGCAUCAUAUCAACAACAAUACAAUGGAAAUGAUUUUGCUCCUAAUGACUUAGUAUCUAUCAUCUUAUUCUUUUCCAUUAUCUUUUUAUUACUACUAUCCUUCGUUUUUUAUUUUUGGUUUACUGAAUGGCAUAAAGUACCUCUACAACAACGUCACGAAGAAGAAUUAGAACGUCAAAAGGAAGUGGAUCAAUUAGUCGAGAAUUUGAAAGAUCAAGUCAAGGCGGCAUUUAAAAUUCCUUUUUUGGGUCUUUUAGUCGUUGUCUGGAAAGGUUCUUUUUUCACCACUUUUCCUCAUCACUAUUCAUCCAACAACAACAACAACAAAGAAAAUAUUAUACUAUCGAAUACAUCUUCGCUUUCUAUUUUACCUACAAACUCUUUACACCAAGAAUCUUUUCAUCCUAGUUUAUCUUCCUACCUUGGUCGACCGCAACCUAUUCUUAUAUCCAGGGAACAUUAUAAAGUAUGGGCACAUCGUUUUCAUCAUUCUUUUUCCAUACUAUUCCUUCUCGGUAUCCUGAUAUCUCUUGUCUUACUUAUCGCUACCGUUAGUAAUCGCGUUAUUACUCAUACCACAUCAGCAACUCUGCAAGCUGGUCUCUUUGUCUUUGUUCUGUGUAUCAAUCUCUUCCUCAUCACUCGUCAACGAUUCUAUUACCGUGAAAGAAAACAACUCUUUGGUGACAAUGACGCCCAUAUGAAUGCCAUUUACAAAACUCAAUUUGAAGACUGGGACAAAUCCAUGUGGUCAAAUUGGGUACAGAUCGCUAUCUUGAUCAUCGAAUUUUUCCAACUUUUGACAUUUCCUUUACGCGACCUUAUCACUGUCAACUCGUUCGACAAUUCUUCAACUUCCUCUCAAUUCAGUCGUUUCGCUUCCUUGGUCCUCAAUGCCGGUGGUCUCAUGCCAGAUAUGCGAACCCCUGUGUGGUAUACUUAUACUGUUUGGUCUGCCUUUGUUAUCACCGUCAUCAGUGUUUCUGUUGCUGUGCUUGUCCAUACUGUGAAUCUGUAUCAUCCUUAUAAAAUUCCAAAUCGUUGGGUUCGUUGGUGUAUCUCUGUAGCGACAUUACUUUAUAUACCAGUGUUGACAACUUUUGUUAGCUCAGCAGCAUGUCAGUCUUUGAAUGUAUCUACAAAUGAUUAUGCUACAACCUUACGAUGUCAUGCUCCAAAUAUCUCACAACAGCUCUAUCUCUGGUUAUCACUUCUUGGAUAUGUUAUUGCUUACUUUAUGAUGACCAUGUUUUUAACAAGUUAUGAACGGAUACCAGUUUACAAUGAAAUUGCCUUCAAAUCCAUCAGUGUUGCGUUUAUCAAAAAUAUGGGUAAGAAUGAUAAAGUACAUUUUCCUGUUGACUGAUUUCGCUUUUCUUUUCUUAAAAAAAAUAGGUUUACUUCUUGCCAUUGUAUUCCUUUUAGUAGAAUCAACCACCAACAAAAAUAGAAUGCGUGCCAUUUUAUCCAUCAUCAUUUUAUUGACUAUGAUCUGUUACAAUAUCAAAACGAAACCAUGUUAUGUUGACAAGAUCAACUUUUUCCGAACAGCAUCGUUUUCAUGUAUUUUAUGGACCUCAGUACUUGUGGCAAUUCUCAGUGAUACCAAUGCAGCACAGAGUCUUGGUCCUUUAUCCGUCUUAUGUAUUAUUAUCGGUGG